AUGGUCAAAGACUAUGGCGUCUGGCGUGCGAAGCCUGUCAGCUAUACCUUUGAGGACAGAGUCGCUGAUCCACAUUCCCCUCACCUCUCGCUCUACUUCGAUGAUGGUCAAGGUGCAGAAGGCCGAGCUGCCAUCAACAUAAAGUCAGGAAACAAAGAAGAGUCCCGCCUUGCCUACUGGACAGUUCCUAACUUUACCCAUGGUGUCACCGCUAAACUAGCUCAACUGAGUAAUGGCUUCCAACCUCUUGCUGGCGCCUCGGAGCAGAGACUUGAUGGUCUUGCACUAGACUAUAUCCGCAGCAACCUCUUCAACCGCGCCGUUGGCCGCAUCCUCCCUCAUGAUGUUGAUGGGGCAGACAAUGACAUCCUCGAUCAGUUGAGGCCUAUCAUCGACAGGGCCAUCUCAACUAAGGCUACAGUUUACAUCUAUGGCUCAGAGUUCAACGACGGCAAGGGUAUACACAAUGUCCACAUGAAUCAGGGAAAUUCCGGGCGUUGGCUCAAAGACAAUGGAGUCUUCCAGGACGGCGGUCUAAUCUUUCAGUUUGAAGAUCACUGGGAGGCUGUAUUCAUUGGCUUUGCCUCUCAAGCUGUGCAUACUGAGGACGGUCCCAAACGUGCUGGCUACCCACUGCCCGACCAGGACUUCAUGACUUGGGCGAACCUUCUUGCCCCCGAGCUGUCUGAUGACGACAAAGAGAAAGUCGACAUUGAAGAUUCGCCCGUGUUCAUUGUCCAGGCUCUCGUCAACCCACCUGGUCCUGAUCAGCAGCCAGGUACUGCCCCAGAGACGAUCAGUCUCAAGAACAGAACCGGGGCUGAGAUCGAUCUCAGUGGGUGGAAGAUUCGUAUCAAGACCGGAGACACUCAAAUUCUGCCGUCGGGCUCGCGUAUUGGUCCUGCAGACACUAAGACUAUUGAAACUAGCGUCCCGCUUUCCAACAAUGGUGGUACUAUCACUCUUCUCAACGCGAAGGGAUUCAAGGUACACGGUGUUAGCUAUACAAGGGCUGAAGCAAACGGCGCUGUAAUUGUUUUCUAG